AUUGGUUUGAGUGUGAGGUGGAGGUGCCCUACGAGGCGGUGGCGAUGAACUUUGUCAUCAACUACUAUGAGCACUAUGACAACAACGGCGGGGCGGACUUCAAGGCCCCGCUGUUCCUGCCCGCCAGCGCCCCCUCCCUGGACGCAUGGCAGGCGGGGCUGGCGGAGGCGCUGCGGCAGCGGGAGGUGGCGCGGAGGAGCGAGGCAGCGCGGGCGGCGGAGGAGCGGGAGCGCAGGGCGGAGGAGAAGAAGAGGCGGGCGCAGGAGCUCGUCAAGGCUGUGGAGCGGCGCAAGGUGCGCCACGUGCUGUUCACGCAGCCCGAGGUGGUGCCCGCGGGCGGCGAGGUGACGGUGCACUACUGCCCCCGAGACACGCCGCUGGCGGGCCGGCAGCAGCUGUAUCUGAUGGGCGGGUGGAACCGGUGGAGCCACCGCAGGAGCUUCGGACCCAUUGCCAUGCACCCGCCGGGGGAGGGCGGGGAGCACUGGCAGGCCACGGUGCAGGUGCCCAAGGACGCCUUCAAGAUGGACUUUGUGUUCGCCGACGUGCCCGGCGGGGAGGGGGUGUACGACAACCGGGGCGGCUUCGACUACCACCUGCCGGUGGAGGGCAGCCCCAUUCGUGAGCAGCCGCUGCACAUCUGCCACAUCGCGGUGGAGAUGGCGCCCAUUGCAAAGGUGGGCGGUCUGGGCGAUGUUGUCACCGCGCUGGGUCGAGCCGUACAAGAACAAGGGCAUCUGGUGGAGGUGGUGCUGCCGCGGUACGACUUCUUCACGCACUCGCCCGUCCUCAAGGACCAGCUGCGCUUCGAGACGGAGUUCGAGUGGGGAGGCACGCGCGUGUACGUGACCACGGCGGUGGUGGAGAACCUGCGGGUGUUCUUCAUUGAGCCGAGGAAUGGGUUCUUUGCAACGCCCACUGUGUAUGGCAGGUACGAUGACGAGGUGCGGUUCGACUUCUUCUGCAAGGCGGCUCUGGAGUUCCUUCUCAAGACGGGUCGCCAACCCGACAUCCUGCACUGCCACGACUGGAGCACCGCACACGUGGCGGCGGCCUACUGGCGCGACUACCACCCUUAUGGCCUGCACAAGCCGCGCGUGGUGUUCACCAUCCACAACCUGAACUACGGCCAGAAGAAGAUCGGGGAGGCGGCACACGCCUGCCAGAAGUUCACAACCGUGUCACCCACCUACGCAUUCGAGGUUGGCGCCAACCCCGUCAUCGCGCCCCACGCGCACAAGUUCCUGGGUAUUCGCAACGGCAUCGACCCCGAGCUGUGGAGCCCCGAGGAGAACCCCUUCCUGCCGCAGGGGUACGGACCGGAGAACGUGGUGGAGGGAAAGAAGGCGGCGCGGCAGGCUCUCCGCCAGCGUCUGGGCCUCACCACCUGGAACGACAAGUUCAUCGUGGCCGUGGUGUCCCGACUCACAGGACAGAAGGGCGUCCCGCUCAUCAAACACGCAGCCUUCCGCACGCUGGACCGGGGCGGGCAGUUCGUGCUGCUGGGGUCGGCGCCCGACCCACGGGUCCAAGCCGACUUCGACGCGCUGGCGGGGCAGAUGGGCGGGCAGGACGCGGCGUUUUGCUUCAAGUACGACGAGCCGCUGAGUCACCUGAUCUACGCGGCCGCGGAUAUGGUGGUGGUGCCGUCCAUGUUUGAGCCCUGCGGACUUACGCAGAUGAUCGCCAUGCGGUACGGCUCCGUACCCAUCGUACGGCACACGGGCGGCCUGCGUGACACGGUGUUUGACGUGGACUUUGACAAGGAGCGGGCGGCGUGGGAGCUGUACGGCAGCUCGGACUGGCGGCGGGACGGUAUUGAUGCCACCAACGGCUUUGCAUUCACGGGCACCGACGCCCCCGCGCUGGACUACGCCCUCAAUCGCGCCAUCGACGCCUGGUACAACGACCGGGCCUGGUUCCAGGGGCUGCAGCGCCGGGUGAUGGAGCAGGACUGGAGCUGGAACCGUCCCGCCAUUGACUACAUCGAGCUGUACUUCUCGG